GUUAUGAGUCAGGACGUGCAGAAAGGCGACCCUCUGCUGUUUAAGUUUCGUGCCAAAUUCUACCCCGAGGAUGUGGCUGAGGAGCUGAUCCAGGACAUCACGCUGCGUCUGUUCUAUCUGCAGGUGAAGAAUGCGAUCCUGUCCGACGAGAUCUACUGCCCGCCGGAAACGUCCGUGUUGCUGGCAUCGUAUGCCGUCCAGGCCCGUCACGGCGAUUACAACAAGGGCACGCACGUGCCAGGCUUCCUGGCUAAGGAUCGUCUGCUCCCGCAACGGGUCAUCGACCAGCACAAAAUGUCCAAGGACGAGUGGGAGACCUCGAUCACCACGUGGUGGCAGGAGCACCGUGCUUUGUUGCGCGAGGACGCGAUGAUGGAGUACUUGAAGAUCGCGCAGGACCUCGAGAUGUACGGUGUCAACUACUUCGAGAUCCGCAACAAGAAGGGCACCGAGCUGUGGCUCGGCGUGGAUGCGCUUGGGCUCAACAUCUACGAGAAGGAGGAUCGUCUGACGCCGAAGAUUGGCUUUCCGUGGUCAGAAAUCCGCAACAUCUCGUUCAACGAUCGCAAGUUCAUCAUCAAGCCGAUCGAUAAGAAAUCGCCGGAUUUCGUGUUCUUCGCGCCACGUGUUCGCAUCAACAAGCGCAUCCUGGCGCUGUGCAUGGGCAACCACGAGCUGUACAUGCGCCGCCGCAAGCCGGACACGAUCGAUGUGCAGCAGAUGAAGGCGCAAGCCCGGGACGAGAAGAACGCCAAGCAGCAGGAGCGCGAGAAGCUGCAGUUGGCGUUGGCGGCGCGUGAGCGAGCCGAAAAGAAGCAGCAGGAGUACGAGGACCGGCUCCGCUCGAUGCAGGAGGAGAUGGAGCGCAAGCAGGCGAACUUGAGCGAGGCGCAGGACACGAUCCGCCGGCUGCAGGAGCAGCUGAACCAGGUGCAGGCGGCUAAGGAGGAGCUCGAGCAGCGCCAGAACGAGCUGCACGAGAUGAUGCAGCGUCUCGAGGAAACGAAGAACAUGGAGGCGACCGAGCGGGCCAAGCUGGAGGAGGAGAUCCGCGUCAAGCAGUUUGAGAUGCAGAAGAUCCAGGAGGAGGUGACGCUGAAGGACUCGGAAACGAAGCGCCUGCACGAGGAGGUCGAGGAGGCGAUACGGAAACAGGUAGCUACGGGCAAUAACGAAGCAGCCGCCGCUCUGCAGGCUGCGACGACCACACCCAAGCACCAUCACGUGGAAGAAGAGGAAGAGAACGAGGAGGAGUUGAUCAACGGCGAGAAUGGAACGCAAGACUUCUCCAAAGAUUUCGACACCGACGAACACAUCAAGGACCCGGUGGAGGAGAGACGUACACUCGCCGAGCGUAACGAGCGCCUGCAGGAUCAGCUUAAGGCCCUCAAGCAAGACCUCGCACUAUCGCGCGAUGACACGAUGGAGACGCCGAACGACAAGAUCCACCGCGAGAACGUGCGCCAGGGUCGGGACAAGUACAAGACGUUGCGCGAGAUCCGCAAGGGCAACACCAAGCGCCGUGUGGAUCAGUUCGAGAACAUGUAAGGCGGCGUCGUGUGUGUCAGCUUCAACCUACUGCGGCGAGACGGAGCUUUUUUCUACGCUGAGUCUUUCGUCCUUUCCCGAGCUGAUCCGGUGCGAGAGUGAGCAGAGCGGUGUGUGUGCGUGUGUGUGUACCCGAUGAGGAGGCGUGCUCAUCUACACCCAUCAUCCCAACACCUCCAUAUCUAACUGCUAUUUUAUCGUGUCGUGUGAGAAGAAAAACCGUAACUCACCUAGGCGAUACAACAUUUAUUUAGUAGAACAAGGGAUAGAGAAGCGCGGGCAAGGUUUCACUCCUAGCGAACUUCUGGCAAGACGUAUCAGAUCGGCAGGUGUGCAGGACUGUGAGAGAGAGAGAGAGAGAGAGAGAGAGAGGGCGCCGUGGAGUCCAGGACGCAGUAGGCUUAUUUUUUUCUUUUUGAUUUUUUUAUUGGCAAAAUAGUGCUCCUCUUUUUUAAGAGCACAUUAUUGUUGUACGUGGAAGCGAAGGAUUGUCCGCAACAUACCCCCUUCCCGUACCACCAUUGUGAAGAUUUUUGUUUUCUAUCAAAUUAUUUGAAUCGUGGCAUCCACCCACUGACCACCACCCCCCCUCUUCCCCGUGACGAGCCAUUUUGUGGACUUUUUUUUUAUGCUCCCCCGAGAGGAGAACAAACGUUGUGUAUAUCACGCUCUAUUUGUUAUACACCUUUUUUUCUAUUUGUUAUAUAUAUAUACAAACACACACACACGUACAUAGUAGACACAUACGCAUGGCCUAGUAAUGGGCGGUUUGAUUGGCUCUAAAAUAACCGUCGAUAGAACAUUGUCUUUGAGAAGUUGCCGAGCUUUUACUACAAGCAGGUAGUAUCCGCCCUUUGUCGGGCAGUAUCAUAAGGGAUAUAUAGAGAGUUAGUGAGAAAGUGAGAGGAGGAGAGCGAGCAAAAGUUAAUAAUGGGAAAUCAUGUAUUUUCUGUUUACGUAUAAAUUUCUAUCUAUUUUUUUUUGGUCCUUUAGGGUUAGUAUUGUAUGCUACACAAACAAACUAGUAAUGCACGGUACUAGUAGCAGAGGAAUAGGACGACUGUUAGGGGACUGAAAUAACGAAUAGUGAAACACACAAGGCGCCCCCGCUCCCCGUCCUUGAAAUAGUAUCUAUAACGAAAAAAAAUAUUAGAAGGACGUGAAAAAGCUACACAUUGUAAUAACCAGCAAACACACCAAUCUACACAUGCGUGUAUGUGUGCGUUGACGUUGACACACACACACAUCUGGUUUUGGUAGGGAUUUGACGCAGCGUUUAGCGCUUCCACAUACAUAUUACGAGGUCGGUUAGAGACGGAGGGAGGCAUGAGAAAAGGGGCGCUAGGGCCAGGGAUAUUAUCCAUAGAUUUACAUUGUGUCCUGGGUUGUAGUAUUCGUUUAGGAAUUGGUUUUCUAUAUGACGUAUUUUCUUGCAUUACUUCUUGUUUGGCUAAUCGUGGCUCUGAAUUUACAUUACUUUUAGUUUUUUCUUCCCUUUUGUAUCAUUACGAGCGAUUAUGUUUAAACACACACACACACAUACCCGUACACACUUAAAGAUGUUUCUUUACCCUUUUUUGAACCCAUGGCCGGCGAACAAAACGGCCGUCAAGAUAACGAGAGAACGAACAUGUAGGAACUGGAAAAAAACAUACCCUGUUAAAGGCGCUAGGUUUUAGUGGUAGAGAGUGAAAAAAAGAACCCUAUGUUCAGAUUGGAAUUAAAAGGAUUUAACUGAUUAUGUUUUUGAAGAUUGUUUUUUUGCCCGCCACGCUCGCGCCACUCUCCCCCCUCUCCCAUUUGGUGUAGUGUCUCAUGUAAUAAAUCGAAUUAAAUCGACGAAUAUAAUACAAAAAAAUACACUUAUAAAUAUGUACACGCAAAAGACGAGAGAAAAUCAACAGAAUUUCACGGGCAUGUUAAAGCAAGCAAUAAGGUGUCGAAAGCGAAUACAAACAGCAAUGAGAAGUAGAAGGAAUUGAGAUGCAAAUGGAACGCUUCCGCCGAAUGGCACCCACUCUUUACAAACUCCUUACAGUUUCUUGGCCUUCAGUGUUGGCUGUGUGCGUGGACGUGCCAAAGCGAAAGUGCAUUGACGAAGUCCUUGAUGAAUCGAAUUAUAGUUGUGUAGAAUC